AUGGUGAAGAUCUGCUGUCUUGGAGCUGGCUAUGUCGGGGGCCCGACCAUGGCGGUGAUCGCCCUCAAGUGCCCAGCCAUUGAAGUCGUCGUCGUGGACAUCUCCGUCCCCCGGAUCACGGCCUGGAACAGCGACCAGCUUCCUAUCUACGAGCCCGGCCUGGAUGAUGUGGUCAAGCAGUGCAGAGGCAGGAACCUCUUCUUCAGCACCGACAUAGAGAAGCACGUCACAGAGGCCGACAUCAUCUUCGUCUCGGUCAACACCCCCACCAAGGCCCGCGGCCUCGGCGCCGGCAAGGCCGCCGAUCUCACCUACUGGGAGAGCGCCGCCCGCAUGAUCGCCGACGUCUCCAAGUCCGAUAAGAUCGUGGUCGAGAAGUCAACAGUGCCCGUCAAGACAGCCGAGGCCAUUGAGAAGAUCCUGACCCACAACAGCAACGGCAUCAACUUCCAGAUCCUCUCUAACCCCGAGUUCCUCGCAGAAGGAACCGCCAUUCAGGACCUCUUCAACCCCGACCGCGUACUCAUCGGUGGACGGGAGACCCCCGAGGGCCGGAGAGCCGUCCAGAAGCUGAAGGAAGUCUACGCCCACUGGGUCCCCGAAGACCGGAUCCUUACCACCAACCUGUGGUCAGCGGAGCUCUCCAAGCUCGCCGCCAACGCCUUCCUCGCCCAGAGGAUCUCCUCGGUCAACGCCAUAUCCGCCCUCUGCGAGGCCACGGGGGCCGACGUCACUGAGGUCGCCUACGCCGUCGGGAGAGACUCCAGGAUCGGGCCCAAGUUCCUCAACGCCAGCGUCGGCUUCGGAGGCUCCUGCUUCCAGAAGGACAUCCUCAACCUGGUCUACAUCUGCGAGUGCAACGGCCUCCCCGAGGUGGCCAACUACUGGAAGCAGGUCAUCAAGAUCAACGACUACCAGAAGAGCCGCUUCGUCAACCGGGUGGUCUCCUCCAUGUUCAACACCGUCUCCGGGAAGAAGAUCGCCGUCCUCGGCUUCGCCUUCAAGAAGGACACCGGCGACACCAGGGAGACGCCGGCGAUCGACGUCUGUAAGGGCCUCCUGGGAGACAAGGCCGCCAUCAGCAUCUACGAUCCGCAAGUUACGGAGGACCAGAUCCAGCGGGACCUGGCGCUGAGCAAGUUCGACUGGGACCAUCCGGCGCAUCUCCAGCCGAUGAGCCCCACCACCGUGAAGCAGGUGACCGUCAGCUGGGACGCCUACGAGGCAACCAGGGGCGCCCACGGCAUCUGCAUCCUCACCGAGUGGGACGAGUUCAAGGCCCUUGAUUACCAGAAGAUCUACGACAGCAUGCAGAAGCCCGCCUUCGUGUUCGACGGCCGCAACAUCGUCGACGCCGCCAAGCUCAGAGACAUCGGCUUCAUCGUCUACUCCAUCGGGAAGCCGCUGGACGCUUGGCUCAAGGACAUGCCCGCCGUAGCCUGA